AUGCCAAUUGACCUAGGGUUAUCGAGAGUAACAAAGCUCCUCCAGCACUUAGGAAACCCACACUACUCUUAUAAGUCUAUUCACAUCGCUGGCACAAAUGGUAAAGGGUCUACGGUUGCCUAUUUAUCUUCAAUAAUAACUCAAUCAAAUAUAAGAAAUGGAAGGUUCACAUCUCCUCACAUGUUAUACUAUAAUGAUUGUAUAUGCAUAAAUAACAAGGCAUAUCCAACUUCAAAAUUCACACAUAUAAGUCAAUUAGUUAAUGAACAGAAUUUAACAUUGCAACUAAAUUGUACUGAUUUUGAACUACUAACCGUGACUGCUUUUAAGAUUUUCGAACAAGAGAAGGUAGAGUUAGCGAUAAUUGAAGUAGGCCUCGGUGGUAGACUUGAUGCUACGAACGUCCUUCAACCUUGUGAACAAAGAAUCAUGGGAGGGGUAAUAGCGACUGGCAUAACUAAGAUUGGUAUUGAUCAUGAGAGCUUUUUGGGCACGUCAAUUGCUGAUAUUGCGUAUCAGAAAGCAGGGAUAAUUAAAAAAGGAAUACCUUGUGUGGCAGAUGGAACUAAUAAAUCCGAGGCUCUUUCCGUAAUAGAAGAGCAAGCUCGUUUGAAUGGAUCGGAGCUAACUUUAGUAGGCUCUGAUGAAGUUGGAGAUGCAUUCGCAUUAAGAGCUAGUAUGUUACUACGGUACUCCCCUCUUAAAGGAAACUAUCAACUUCAAAAUUUGAGCAUUGCCCUAAAGAUAAUUGAUAUUGUCAUGGCACAAGAUUAUAACGAGUACACAAUGGAAGAUGGUCGCUCAAAGAUCCUGCCAGAGUCGAUUACGUCUGGUAUUUCGAAGGCUAAUUGGCCAGGAAGGCUUCAGUCAGUUCAUAUUGAUACUCUAGGAUUUGACGUACUAUUAGAUGGGGCACACAAUGAAAGUGCAGCAGAAGAACUAGGUAAGUUCCUUCAAGAAUACAGAGGUCAAGGAAAGGGUCUCAUUUUAGUAAUUGGUAUAACUCAAGGUAAAAACGUGGAGAACCUUUUGAAGCAUAUUGUAAUUAAAGAAAAGGACACAUUGAUUCCUGCGCUGUUCCUGUCGCCUGAUAAGAUGCCUUGGGUCUCAAGCUAUGACCCUAACCUGCUUCGACGCACCUUCAAGAAUUAUUCCAAUCUGGUAGUGGAAAUCAAAGAGCAUGAUGUUCAGAGCAUUAUUAAGUAUUUAAAAGAUAUCAAACUCCAUGGUGAUGAUAGACAAAUAGUAAUUUGCGGUAGUUUGUAUUUAUGUGCUGACUUUUUGAGAUGGAUACAAAAUGGUGAACGAUAA